GAGUGUUUGACUGUCGACGUUUCACGCGCCCCAACUCAAUCUCUCCGCCUCGGAUCGAUUUCGUAUUCUAACUCGUCGCAUACGCUGUCUGUGGUUGCUCCUUCCAGCUGCAACAUUCACCAUGUCAUUAUUUCGCACCACAAUGCUCCCAAGGCAGCUCCUUGCGGCUCCCCGAUCCAUGUGUCUCCGCUACUCAUCCACUUCUACGCCUGAAAAUAUUGUUCUCCCCCGCUUGCAGUCCGACCUCAAGACGGCCAUGCGUGCAAAGAACAAGCCUGCUCUAAACACAAUCCGUGCCCUGCAAGCCGAAAUUAUAAACGCCUCAAAGACCGCCAAGCCAAUCACUACUGAUGGUGCCCUCUAUUCCCUCAUCCAGAAGCAAAUCAAGUCCUCUUCGGCCUCGAUUGAAGAGUUCCGGAAUGCGAAGAGGGAGGAUCUGGUAGAGAAGGAGCAGGCGCAGCUAGAUGUCUUGAACGGAUAUGCAAAAGAAAUUCCAACAGUAGAGGAGAGCGAGAUUGACGCGUUGGUGAAUAGCGCAGUCGAAGGAUUGGAGCAGGGCAAGAGGAAUGUUGGCGCCGUCAUGGGCAAAGUCAUGGCAGGCGUCAAAGGACGACCGUUUGACUUGGAGUAUAUCACAAAGAAAAUACAAGAAGCUGUUGGGGCCAAAUAGACGACAUGAUGCGCUGGGUGGGGGCUGGAUGAUUGUAGAACAAGUGUACAAAUUCUGUGUAGACUACCGACUCCUCUCCAAAAGAGGUAACGAAAGAUACGGCCAAAUUACGACACCAGAAAUGAUGCCUUGAAAAUUGCUUUUGCCUGGUUGAGCAGAUCCAUCAAUUCGGUGGACAUGUCGCUUUGCGGGGUAUCGUUACCACUCGCUCGUGGCCUCGGAACGUGGCAGCUUUGACAGCCCAACAUGGCAGAGUUCCAUGGAAAAUUCCAUCCAUGUCUGUUGGUUGUCCAUGCGUUCAGACACACGGGCUGGAGCAUUGUAGCACAGUUACAUCGUGGCUAAGGCAGCACCUAAGCG